AUGCUUGGUUGGCGUGAAAACGGAAGCAGCAUUAUGCGACCACUGCAGCGGAUUGUCUUCAUUGUCAGUUGUUCGUUCCUGAUAUAUCUGGGGAUACGGCUUCGAGCCGGAGGAUAUGCCCCUGGCAGCCCCGCGCCUCCCUCGUUUCCUGGAGACAAGGGGCCAACGCAGCAGUCAUUUGGCAAUCUAUCAUGGACUCAGGCUCAAUGUGCUGCCGCUUUUCCUGGUCUAUUCGAUGAAAUCGAGGAUGCUGUUUCUCGCGGACCCUUCCCUCUCACAUGGCCACGAUUAGGAGAGCCGCUGCAAGGACGCAUCAAAGACAAUCAGGAACGGACAGCAGCGCUGAACCAGCUCUAUCGCGCCAUCGUCACGUCUCCAGAGCCACUGCCCGAUACGGUUUUCGCCUUGAAUAUCCAGGAUCGGCCGAUGGCACAGUCGUGGUCAUAUGCGCGUCCAGCGGAUCCUACGGCCACCAAGGCCGGGAGCUUUCUCAUGCCACACUUUGCUUUUUGGGCAUGGCCGCUCAAAUAUAUUGGAUCUAUGCACCGGGCUCUGACUGCGAUCACCGAGAUCGAAACCAAACAGACAUUUCAGGCCAAGAUUCCACAAGCGGUCUGGCGCGGCACACCGUGGUUCAACGAUGUGCAAAACCAUGAUCUGCGCAAGCGAUUAAUUCGGGUUACUACAGGCAAACCGUGGGCAGACGUCCAGUCCUUGAAAUGGGAAACCAACGGCCAGACAGCCAGUAACGGAUUGGCCAUUGAGGACUUUUGUCGGUACAAGUACAUCAUCUACACCGAGGGAGUCACUUACUCGGGACGGCUGCUCUUCCAUCAGGCUUGCCGCUCCAUCAUUUUGACGCCCCCCAUGGCCUGGAUGCUCCAUACCACACAUCUCGUGCGGCCGGUCUUUUCAAGCGCACUAUUGCAGACGACACCCAGUUGGGGACCUACCAAUCAGUCAGACCGCAUCCAGCGAGCCUGGCCAACUGAUCUUAGUGCCGAGGACGCCAACCUGGUGAUGGUCUCACCGGACUGGUCUGAUCUUGAGGCGACCAUCGCAUGGUUAGAGGAUCACCCAACAAUGGCCGAGGGCAUUGCCGACAGACAGCGUCAGCUGUUCCAUGACGGAGGAUAUCACAGUCCUGCCGCCGAGGCAUGCUACUGGAGAGCAUUGAUCAGGGGCUGGAGCAAGGUCGCUGAGCCAGAGGGCCGUGAGUGGAGUGAACACGAGGGCGUCAGAUGGGAGCUUUUCAGUCUUGGAGGAUUGUAA